AUGGAUGUAUUGCCAACUUUGAGUAUACAAGAGAAAGAUAAUGAGAGAAAUGAUAAAAGAAAUGAUAGUAUCCCCCUACCUGAGGCGAUUCACCUUCUUUCAUCAAAAGAGAUAAUCGACCUAAUUCAAAUUCACAGACAUCAAUUGGAGCUCUACGUGACGAGAUUCAAUCCCCUGACUGAAAUCGUCGAGAAAAUUAAUGCAUUUAGAGACCAAUUUAGACAAUUGGAAGAGGAAUUUGAAGAUUUGCACGAACAAAGAAAUGAGGUACAAGCUCAAUUAGAAAACUGCAGAAUCCUAGAAUCCAAAUAUGUCGCAAGUUGGCAGGAUUAUCAUUCCGAAUUCACAGAAAAAUAUGGAGAUAUAGCAAUGAGAAAUAAGCUGGAGCAAAAUACCAAAAAACUCGGCGAAGAAAGUUCGCAACUAGAAGCCUCCGUGAGAACUGUCGAGUCGGCAGAUGACUUGGACGAAUUCAUUAAAACUUAUCUAGACACACGAACACAGUAUCACUUGAGAAGGGAGAAACUCGCAACUUGGGAAAGCCAAGGGAAACUGAGAUACUAG